UCAAAACCUGAACCUAAUUUCGUUCCGUCCGGGUUGUACUCCUUGUUUUAUUAUACGUUUUCGUUUGUGUGUUGACAAAGUUGGUGGUGGAAAUGCUUGUCCAGUGCGAGUGACGAGUGAGGGCUGAGAUGGCAGGUCCCGACAUGCUGUUCAACUACCGACACGCAGACAGACCCACCAGGUCCCGGGUGGUCACCUCUACUGCAGACUCUAGCUCCUCACCGCCUGCGCCCACACCCCUGUGUCUCAAUUCCCACAAGGUGGCCAGCCUGGUACAGUACAACGGCUACUCAGAGCUAAGCGAGGAAGAGCCCGUGGACUUGCCCAGCUGUGUGUACGCCUCCAGGAACAUGCUCUCUCCCGCAAACUGCAGCCAUUUGCCGGCAUACUUGUCGCUGACAACCCAGGAUGAGGCGCACGACGGACUGGGCUGUGACGACGGCUACUACCCCAGCGGCAGUCCGUACCGUGUCCAGCGGCAGGCUGCCAACAUACGCGAGCGAAAGAGGAUGCUCAGGUCAGACCCGAGACCCAGGGCCCCUGUUGAGCGACCUCCGGUCAAAAUCAGCAUCAACUCGGCAUUCGACGAGCUGAGGAGCCACGUGCCCACAUUUCCGUACGAGAAACGUCUGAGCAAGAUCGACACGUUACGGCUGGCCAUCGCUUACAUCGCGCUGCUGAAGGAGGUGCUGACGGCGGACUGUGAUCCUCUCACGUAUGUCGAGAAGUGUCUGCGGGGCGAGAAGCAGGUGGAAAGGGCUGAGUGGAACACCAGUGAUCUAACAGCUCGGCUGUCCUGGAUCAACUGGGAAAACCUUGGAGUGAACCCAAACAGACGAAGUGUCUUGACUACGUUAGCUCUCACCACAGACACACUCAACACCUAGUGUGGGGGCCGCCACCAUAGAGUAACAAAUUAUAUCUUCGUUACUCUAUGCCACCAUAACAGUUGGCAUUGUGUUCUAGUCGCUGUGCAAUACCGCCUCACCCACCCAUUGUUGUUAUCCCUGUUGUUGUAUCAUUUGUUUUAAAUUUAAAUAUACUAACCUUUAUUCCA